UGGUCCCACGUCACUGUCGAGGCAUUGCCUGCGUCAAAGGAUCAUUGCAAACCAGGGAUAUGACCGAUUCGACGACGACUUAGUAGAACGACGAUCAGUCCUCGUAUGCGGGAUUCCGACAAACCCUCCUUGAACCCACAAAACGUUCGACUCUCUUUCGCUAUCAACACUUUAUCCGUUCGUGACGCAUCCAUACUUUUUUAUUUGACAAUCAAGAUCCCACUCUACCAUGGACCACAUGCUUCCGACGCGCUACCAUGCCCUGGUGAACGGGUUUGGUCUAUUGCAAAUUUCGAUUGCCCUUGCCCACUGUUUCUCGAAAGGUCGCCAUUUUCCAGCCGAAUCCCCGGUCUCAUUUCGCUUUGUCUCUCAGUUUCGCCUUCACCUGGUCUUGUACAUUAUCUUCUAUACCUUUGAGCUCAUCCAAACGGAUAUCAUACGAGCAUUCACCAACAUGGCGUUACAUCAUUUGAUUGCCAUUUUCAUUUUUGCCGGCUUCCUCUGGGAAUUCAACACGGUGUCCGUUAUCACCUUGACGCCAUUCCUUUUCCAUGCGUUGUACUGGACUGUGGGAUAUGGAAGAGUGUUUCAUCUAUUAGCAUUAUACAAUCUGGCUUUGUUGGUAGACUUUGUGCUGUUGCUGACAAACAACCUUAGCAAGCGAAAGUUCUGUGCUCCAGUAUCCUAUCGCUUGCUCGUGUGCGUUUUGGCGGAAAUUAAUGUGAAUAUGUUCACUUAUUGUUGGAAUUAUGGCGGUAGUCAUUGCCCCGACUUGAAUGAUCGAAAUUGGGCAGACAUUGGAAGACUCAGCGCGUGGAUUGGGACCCUGGAUUUGUGUUUAAUGGGCGUUGCUUGGUUUACCUCAAAGUUGUCAGAACGGACACGGCAUGAUGAAUAGAAGUGAUCCCAGGAAAAAGUUAUAGCGGGCAGGCUUUCGAUGGAAAUGUGAACGAGAAAACCUCCAGAAUAUCAAUGGUGAAUCAAAAGCCCGGUAGGAGAUCGUACGAGGAAGUACCCCUCAGCAAUCAUACUCGUGCCACCAGUUAUUCUGCUACGAUUCAUCAGUUACUCAACGGGCCAUUUCGACGCACUUGUCAUGAUGAUCGUGACAUCCGAUGGGCAGGGUAACCAUCUUCACUGGACUUCGAGAGUAACUGGAAGGAGCACGGUACUGUGUGCGUGCAGCAACCGAAUGGCUACGCAAGUGGGCCGUAUUUGUGAUUGUGAAUGGCGAUGUCACAUCGCUGAUUAGGGGAGCGUCUUCAUCAUCCGGAAAAACCAAACCGUAUCUCACCAACCAGAUGCUUAGCGUUGCCAAUAGAACUGUUCUGUAUUAUUGAAUACUACAAGUUGAAACUGUGCAAUGCUGUUGAAU